AAAUUCCCGUUGAGUUACAUUGAGUUGCUUCCGUUAUGGAGGAAUCCACCGUUCAAGCGCCUUCUAAGAGACGUUGCUCAGUUUAUGAAGUAGAUGGUUUUCGGUUUCGUAGAAAGAAAAAGAGAACAACGGAGUCAUCCUUCGUUGAACCCAUACAAAAAGAAGUAUCUAAUUCCGACUCUUGUGGCCAUGUCAACGACGACUUGAACAAUGAAGAAAAGGAAAACAAGCUAAAUGUAGCAACUGUCCCUAUUAAGUCACGUGAAACAGUUUCUCUUGCGAAACAGGAAGAAAAGACCAAAAAAUUGUACUGUGAAAGCAUAUCAAAGGAUCAAAGCGAAGAACAAAGGCUUAAAGCAUUAUGUGAAGCCGUUUGGACAGAAAUCUACAAAGAAGCGAUAGAAGAAAAGUUGCCAGAGAAGGGUACUUCACUUCGAGUGUUGGAAGACGUAAGAGUUGCAUUUCUUGACCAGUUAACAUGGUAUUUGGAUAAUCCAGAACAAAGAAGCAAAACAGUUUCAGAAAUCUCUCGACCCAAUCCAAUCAAUUUAGAACUCGAAGUCAAAAUCAAAUCUUUGGAACAUGACCUGAACUGCUAUUGCAACGAACUUCUUGGUUGGAGUAAUGCUAAAUCUAUUUUAGAGGAACCAGCUAAAGACAACAAGUCAAAUGAAACUGCCUUUUCAAUUGAAGAAAGAGCCAAGAAGAUAGCAGUCAGUUUGUCCUCUCCAUAUCAGCCACAAUUAACAAGACUGAUCAAGGAAGCUACAGUUUGUUUGGACAUCAAUUUUACAGAGUUGUUGGAAAUUUGUCGUAUAGUUCUAACAUUUAAGAACCAAACUGCAGAAAGGAUAAAGAAUCUGAACCAAUGGAUAUAUCAUUGCUCCUUUGCAGGACUCCCAGAUAUGGGCAAUCCUAAGAAGCUUCUCAAAACGAUGUCUUUGCAAUGACAAGAUUAUUAUCGACUCAAC